GAUAAUUUCGUAACCCACGGUAUAUAGUCCCUGGUUGGUAUGCUCACAAAGGAAAAAAAAUACUGAAGAAUUAAUACCUCCUUUAUCAUCUGAUAAUUUUGAUUGCGAUUAUCAGCGAUUUCGUGCCCUACGUCGGUGGACUGGGAUUUAGUUUUUGGAUCGGUGGGCUUCACUGAUAUGGUGCAGCUUCGACAUUUAUAGAGUGAUUUUGGCCACAAAAGCUUCAGUAAUUCUCUCUUUUUUUCUUUCUUUCAAUUGUUUAAGUCGUGUACAAUAUGUACACGUACUGUACUGACAGGGGAGCCUUUGAAGUUUUUUAAUAGUAGAUGGUUUCGUUAUACUUUUAGUACUCCUCUGAUUUGAAGAGUUAACAACUUUUUGCCUUCUUAGUUUUUAAGUAAUACCCCAUCUCUUUAAUUCCUAAAGAGGAAGAAUUGCAUCGCAAGAAAACAAGUUUAAAUCAAAGAGUUUAUUCAAAACUGCUAAUCAUUUUUACAUCUGAAAUCUAAUUACCAUUAAUUCUUUUUCUUCAAGGUAUUUGCCUAUUUAAGUUUUUGCAUUGACUUUAACUGCUCCUCCCGUGCCUUUUUUUUGUUCUUACUACAUUUUGAUGUCAUCUGUGGUCAAUUACUAAACAGAAACACAGCAAAAUGGAAUCUAUUUGUUCAAUCUUUACCGACAUCGGAAGUUAUUUGCAGGAAUAUGACAUCCAGAGGGCAAAGUGAGACUCAGAAAUUAAAGCAAAAUCUAGGAGAACAGCUUGAUCGCCUUGUGGCUCAGCUGUCUGAUUUGGAAGAAUGCAACAAGUGUCAGUUGUCACUGAAGCCUCAAGAAGCUGAAUUUCUGGCUGAGAAUACAAAUGCAGCAUUGAGCUUGUUUGAGAAAGUUUCAGAGAACAUGGGAACUGGUGACAAGCUACUCAAAGUUGCUGGUUCACAAGUAGAGGAUGCACAGAAGUGAAUUGAGACAUGGUUUUUGUAUUUUGUUCAUCGUGAUUUAAACUGCUGUUUACCAGGAAUGAAAACAUACAAACAAUUUCUUUCUGUUUUUUCUUAUAAUUUCUCAAAUGCCAGUCGUUGUAGAAAUAAGAUAAGGAAAAGGAGGAAGAGUUAAUUUUUUUUUUUUUUUUCAUGUAGAUAAUCUAUAUCAUGAGAUUUCUGAGAUAUCAAACGAAUAGUCAAAACCUAGAAGUAAUGGUGAACUGGGUCAGUGUCAGCUUCUGAGCAACUGGGUACUUACCCCUCCCCUGACCCAACAACAGUCAACUGGUAACAAGUUAGAGUUAAGUUGGGUUAGGUGCAGGGUGGGUACAUGGUUGGCUAGAUACUGACAUUGAUCCAGUGAACCUAUAACCAUGGUUUUGACUAAUGACACAAGCAAAGCACCAGCGCAAUGGCAUGCACAAGGUAAAUAUGCAAAGUGAAAAUGAAAGUCAAUAUGCACUGUAAGCACUAUAAGCACAAGGAAAAGGAAAAAAUUCUGAUGCUUGUGCUUAAGCUUGCACUCGUGUUUAUGCUUGCAUCAAGGCUGUUUUCACAGUGAAAUAUGAGCUGUUGUGCUUGCAGUAUUUGUGCUUGCACUUGUGCUUGGGUUGAUAGUAAAAAACCAGGUGAUAGACUUUACCUUUAAGCAGUCAGGAUUGUUGGAGAAUGCAUGAGAAGUCUAUAAAUUUUGAGUCAAUGUUAAGUGAUUUCAAAACUUUUCCAUUGUCAGCAAGUGUAGCUUAACUGAUUAAAAGUGUGAUCAUUUGGAUAGGAAAAUUGAAUUUUUUGGUCAGGACACAAAGUGUAGUUUUCUUACUGCAGGAUUUUCUAUUUAACUGAGAACUGCCAAUGACCAAUUAUGAUGGCACACUCGCAGUACUUAAGAUUAAUUUUACCAGGGCUUGAAUCCCAACAAAGUAUCCCAAAAUGACUGCAGUCAUGAAGGCUAUAUUUAAAAUGUUGCAUUUUAUUAUCAUAUCAGCAAUAAUCAGCAAAUGAUGUGCAAAACUAAUUCAAUAAAGGUUGUGUAGGAGA